AUUUGACUUGCCUCAGUAGAAGAACUACACCCAAGUCGAAUUUUUCAUUACGUAACGAAGUGCAUCCGACAAUCAGUGAAAUGUCGCGUAAAUAUACCGUCUUAAUGUUGAUGAUCGUGAUGAUCACAUUGGUCGUUUUAAUUCAAGGAGCAUCAAUUGCGCAGUUACCCAAAUGUGCACAAGGUUUUGUCUAUCAUGACGGAUGUAAUAUAUGUUCCUGCGAUCUAAGCAAAUCUGGUUGGGCUUGCACAAAAAUGUGGUGUGGUGGUAUAACCCUUAAGCCAGCACCGUGUCUAUGUAAAUAAAAAUACUUUCGCUUCAAUGACGUAAUUGUCGCACUGACGGAUAUGCUAAAACAAUCAAUCCCUCCGAUAAGCUUUAGUGCAACAUAAAUUUUCAAAUAAUAAAAAAGAACUACACAUG